AUGAUAAGAGUAGAACAAGGUUCACUAGAUGAUCCUGAACGACCGCUAAAAAGAAUUUGUCAGGCCGCUAUUUAUUAUCUGCUUCAAAAUAAGCUAGAAAAGUACACAAGAACAAGAACGGACGAGGAAGCCAUCCACUCAUGUGAUUACCUACCUACCGAAUUACUGUUCAAAAUAAUGAGGCAGCUAGACACUUCGACGAUGUGCGAGUGUCGCAUGGUUUGCAGUCGAUGGCAACAAAUCGCCGAUAAACUUUUGCUGGAAACUGAAAAGUUGCCUACAUUUAAGUUGUCCCGUCUGAUAAUCACUGGCCUAUCGCAUGAUGCGCUCGAAUUUCGACGAGUGAACUACGAUGAGCAACGGUCUAAGGACGUGGGAGACGACUCAAGAUUUUGUCUCACGAAGAAGUUCUACAUCUUCUUCGAGAAACCCCAGCAGUCUGCUAAGGACUGUAUGCAUCCCCUCCCCUACGGCGCAUCCGCGAAUCUAAACCUUACGAACUUAGUCAUCGAUUUUCUCUGUAUCCAAUUGUCCAUGUGCGAUUUAUCAUCAAUGACACAUCUCUCGCUGCAAGUGGUUGAUUUUUGGUAUGCAAACACUUAUACGCUUCAUCGACUUCUCACACCUAUUGCCAAAUACAUCGAAGUGUUGGAGUUAUGUGAAUCGACAGGAAUGCAAGAAGAUAGUGUCACUGACGCACAUUUGGCACAACUGAAUGCGUCGAAAGUCCGUAGUGUAAUGAUUGACAGGGCCUUUGAUAAUAGUCAAAAUAAGGUUGAUAAUGCACCAAGAAUCAACUUUCUUCGUCGCUGUUUUCAACACCGAGUCGCACUGAAGUUUGUAAAACGAAGGCACCUUCGCGAGACAUGCGGUCAACUAGAGUACAGCCAACAAGUACGAGGCAUCGAAAUGGAACUACUUCGAGCUGCACUACGAAUCAAGCAGAACGAGAUGUUUGCCAGAAUGAAGAAGUGCGCGACAAACGAACAUUUUUGUGCUUUGUAUUUGGAGGAUCGCCUUUAG